AAGGAAAGAAAAAAAACAGCUUCGACGGCCAGUCACAGUCCGUCGUCAGCCAGUCAAUGUCUCGCAGCUUUCAAAGACAUGCGCAUCAGCUUGAGUUUGCACUACCCACACUGCAUCAACCUACCACAUAAUACCACACUAACCAGCCAUUGAACUUCUAAACAAGGUAGGAGAUAUAGGAACAAGUAAAAUAGUCUGCUUGUGCACUAUGGUACGCUUUGCUUUCUUUUUUUCCCGCCAUUGAUCAAGGAAUCGGGAUAGGUAUUUACCGGCCAUGGACCAACCAUCCAUACACACCUGGCUGGUCUUGACUUCUUCAAGGUCUUGAUCGCUUUCCGCGAAGAAUAUAGUAUUAUGGAUACUCUCCAGUUUGCAUGCCCAUCUUCUUCCUAAGACCCCACUCCGCUCUUCUCCACGACUUAAGCACGGCGGGGCUGGCUUGUCCAAAGAUGAUCAGGGUCCCCGGGAACAAGCCCGGCGACAACAGGGCGCACUCCAUCGAGACUCCGGCUAUCGUCCUCUUUUUUGUUACUCUAUUCUUGAUCGGUAUUAGGCUAUGGGCUCGGUUCAAGUCAGCGUCAUGGAAGGGCUUAGGAUGGGAUGACUAUACGAUUUUGCUAUCAUGGGUCUUUGCUACUGUGGUUUCGGCACUCAUGAUAGCCUCAUGUGCCUAUGGAUUCGGUCAACAUAUGAGAAACCUCUCGAGGGAGAACAAACUCAUGACUUUGAAGCUCUUUUACGUAGCCCAAGCCUUCUACAAAAUCACCAUCAACCUCACCAAAACCUCCAUCCUGCUCCUCUACCUGCGCAUCUUUGUCCAACGAUGGUUCCGCAUUGCCUGCUACAUCCUCAUAGGCAUCAUCAUCGCCUACAUGAUCGCCACCUUUGGCGCCUCCGUCUGGCAAUGCACGCCCGUCCCGCGCGCCUGGGACAAAUCCAUUCCUGGAACCUGCGUCGACAUCACGGUCAACUGGUACGCCAACGCCGGCUUCAGCAUCAGCACGGAUAUCCUCAUUCUGGCGCUGCCCAUGUACCCCAUCUUCACGUCGCACCUCCGCAAGACGCAAAAGGUGGCGGUGGUGCUCAUGUUUGCUCUGGGUUUCUUUACGACGAUUACGAGUAUUUUGCGGAUGCAGACCUUGACGUUUUCGACAAAGACGCCUGAUACGACUUACGACCUCGACUCCUCAAUCUGGACCAUCAUCGAGCAAAACAUGGCCAUCAUCUGCGCCUGCCUGCCCGUCUGCCGCCUCCCCCUCGCCUACCUCUUCCCCAAAUACUUUGCCAUCUCCCGGCGCGAACAACAACAACAGCGCACCGGUCCCAAAGGAGGGGACAUUGGCCACCGGGAGAUCUCUUCCCAAUCCGAGCUACGAAGCUGGCAAGGUCCACAUCAGCACGACGUGGCCAUCGAAGCCGGUGUUGGUGUUGGUGUUGGUAUCGGUCUCAGCAGACCGCCGCCGCGCCAUCAGCAUCAGGGGGGCGGCAUGUUUGAGAUGGACAGGAAGUCUGGACACCGUCGCCCGUCCGCUUCGGGGUCUGUCUCGUCUGAUGAUGAUGAUGAUAUGGAAAGAAAGAUAUCGACGACGGAUGUGGGCGGAGGAAUGACUGUUUAUCAAAGGGACAGGAGGGUGUCGACAGAAGAUGAUGAUAAGAUGGUGAUGGUGACGACGACGGGAGAUGCGACUAGCGAGGAUACCAUUCUUCAUGUGUCUUCUGUGUCGGCGGCGGCGGCGGCGGCGACGACGACGAUGUCUAGGUCAAACUCGAGGCUGGGCAUAGGGUUGAGAGAUCGGGAUCGAUCAGCAGAUCGGAUGAACCACGUAGGAGGGGAAGGCAGACCGGGCGGCGGGAUCCAGAUGACUACGCAGUUUAGUGUUACUUAUGAUCAGCGAUAGAUCUACCAAGGUACCUCUACGGAAGGGUAGAGGUAGAGGUAGGGUGGAGGUGGGUAAUGAUGGGCCGGAUGGGUUGAUGGGUUACACCUUCAUGGGACUUGGCUGUGUCUGCCUGUUGUUAUGAUCCGAACAAUGUCUUGCAAGUUAAUGGGCGCGCAGUGAAUUGCAAUGUAACUCUAGUAUUCCUAUGUCGUCAUUUACCUAGGUCAGAAAUCGUGAGUGAUGG